AUGGACUAGUGGCCGAGACGGAUGGGCGUUGUGGUCCAAAACACAGUUGGUGGAGGCCAAGGCAGAUGAAGAGCUAAGUCUGCCCAAGUAUAAGGCUAGUCGUGCCUUCCAGCUGGGGCUGCGUGUGGCAUGAUGUCGGAUGAAGGACUUGCCACAAAAUUAGUUUCUGGUUUCUUUUUUAACAGCAUGUUUUUACUGUUUAAAAUGUAGGCUUGACAAUGGAGCGGUGCCUGCUGAAAUCGCAGAAGCCACCCGAGAAAUGGCUGCAUAACCUCAAGAGCGCGGCGCCUGGAAACGGAGCCGCCCUGGCGGGACGCGGAGGAGGAAGGCCCGACAGGCGCCGGGGCGAGGAGCCGCCGCUUCCGCCAGCUGACCGGCCCGAGGGGCAAGGCCGGCCUCCCGCCCGCCGCCGCCGCCUCUUCCGCGUCGCCGCCCGAGGAGGAGGAGGAGGAGGGCCGCCGGCCGCGGAGCUCGGGCCAGAGGAGCUGCGGGGCCGCGGCCUGGUGAGGGGCCCCGGGGCAGAGCCUGCCGCGGCGAGGGGAGAGGCGCCGGAGGCCCCGGUAACUGUAGCAAUGUCCAAGAAGCCAUUAAACUGCCUUGCUGAUAAUGGGCAGUGUAGCAAGACUGAGGUGGAAAAUGGGCACCCAAUUGUGCCGCCUGCCCCACUCGGCACAUCCACGGUUGAGGAGAUGGUCCAGCAGAUGAAAGAGCUCAUUACCGAGAACAAUGAGCUGAAAGAAGCCAUGAGGCAGCGUAAUCAAGCUAUGAAGGAUCGCUUUGAGGAGCUUUCCACAUGGAGAGAAAAGCUGAAAGAAGAGCGGGAGUUCUAUGAAACUAAAUUCAAGGAAGCCAGGCAGUGCUUGGCAACCAAAUGUGUAGAGAAUGAAGCCCUGAAAGAGCAACUCCAGACUCUGGAAGAGAGAGAGGAAGGGUCCACAAAGGGAUGCACGGUUUCCAAAAAGGAGAUGGCCCAGGAGCUGGAGCAGCUGAGGAUGCAAGUGGUGAAGCUGCAGGCUGAGAAGGCCGAUCUGGUUGCCAUCAUUUCAGAGCUGCAGCUUAAACUCAACAUUGGAACUGACGACUCAUUUGUGGAGAUCAGGAUGCACGAAGGAGAAUUAAACGGAGGUGUGAAAGAAAUUCAGGACCUUCGUGGCAAAACAACGAGGGAUGCAGCUGCCUAUGUAAGCAGAUCUCUGGAUGAAGCAAAAAAAAAGUUGGAAACCGAAGAGUUGACUGUCAGCCAGCUUCUUCAUUCCCUCCGGAGCGAGACCCAGAAGAGAGAAGCCUUGGAAAAGGAGCUCCAGCAGCAGAAGGAAAGACUUUUGUUAGAAAAUAAAACUGCAGAGAAAGGCACUCAGAUGGAACCUGAGGAGGAGGAAGUAAAAGAGAGAGCAGAAAGCGUGGGUGAUGAAGUAGAGAGACUAAACCUACAAGUGUCUGCCCUGUUCAGAGAACUUCAGGAGACACAUGCUAAAUUAAAAGAUGCUGAGAUAAUCCAGAAGAAGCUGCAAGAGAAGUGCCAGGCUCUUGAGGGACAGCAACAUGGUGAAAGUGCUGGAGACCUGGAUGAGAAGCAGCAGCUGCUGUACACCAUUAAGAAGCUGGAGCUUCAAGUGGAGAGCAUGCAGUCAGAAAUCAAGUUGGAGGAAGCCAGAGCAAACGAAGAGCAACAGAAAUUUAACACAUUGCAGGAUGCUUAUAGCAAGCUUGUACCUGAACUGACCAAAGCAAAGCAGACAGUUGAAGAACUAAAAGACAAAGAGGCUGAAAGGCUCAAUAAGGCUACAGCUGAGGAACUUAUUCACAGACUGGAUAUGGCAGAGGAAGCCCUAGCUGCAAAACAGUUCCAGAUAGAUGAAAUGAAGCAGACCAUUGCCAGGCAGGAGGAAGAACUGGAAACCGUGGCUAUCCUCCGAGCUCAGAUGGAGCUCUAUUGUUCUGACUUCCACGCUGAACGAGCAGCACGGGAGAAGAUCCACGAGGAAAAGGAGCAAUUGGCUGCCCAGCUAGCGUACUUGCUGACAGAGAAGCAAGACCAUGAAGAUCUCGGAAGGAAUAUGCUGGCAGAAAUGCAAACUCGGCACAGACUCCCAUCAGAUCAAGGCCAGUCUCACUUUUCUCAAGGAGGAACAGAAGAUCGGGUUUGGCAGCAGCAACAAAGGAGUGUCCAAAUACAUUCUUGUCCGAAGUGUGGAAUGAUUCUUCCUGAUAUGGACACACUUCAGAUUCAUGUCAUGGACUGUAUCAUCUAAGCACUGGCCUCAACAAUUUUCAAAGAUGAGAAAUGCACUUUUUAAACAGAAUAUGUCCUUAGCAAAGAGCCUGAUUUUUGAAAUUUAAUAGUCUUUUUUCUAUUUAUUUCAAGAGGAAUUUUUAGGUUUUCAUUUUAUGUCUUGUGGGGGAAAUGGUUUCCCCCUUUAAAAAGCCAGUUAGCCUCUUUUUUUCUAAGCUGGCUAAAGCUGAGGAUGCCAACACCGUAAUGAUUAUUUGAACUAAAAUAUUUAUAAGAGGUAGAAUAUAAACUCCUUUGGGUAGUUUUAUUGUUUGAGAAUCGAAAGGAUGUGCAUUUAUGUAUGGGUGUGAACAUGUGUGUGUGCCCAUUUUAGCAGUCUUCUGGGCAUCUGUAAGUGCAGCUGAGCCUAUGCAGCUGUUUGUCUGCCUGCAUGAGCUCAGGUGCUUCAUGAGAGUCCAUGUUCUCUGCCUAUACAUAUCUGUGCUUACAUACAUACAGAAUGUGGAUGAAAGUGAUGGGUUUUUCUUCUCACAGUUGGGAAGAAAGAUGGGUCUAGAGAACUUGGUUCUUGAGUUCAGAGGCUAUGAAGGCCCCAUUUAUAAAACUCAUGCUCGCUACAUGCUCAAAUGUGGCUGUUCUUGGUUUGGCCCCAGGCAGCACAUGCCCAGCACUUUUCAAGAGGAUAAAGGCGAUGGCCUGCGUAGCUUUGGAAUGGAAUUGAGAACUGUGUUAGGAAAUAUCAAGGAGGCAAAAGUGCAUCUGACUUCAUUUGCCGUUUCACUUAAUUCUAUUCGGGGGAAACUAAAUUGUGGGUUUAAUAAUACAGUAUAUUUUAGUAACUGAAUACUUGAAGAGGAAAUCCUGUAGUCCCUCCAAAGGCACCUUAAUGAUACAAUUACUCUUUUAAACUAUAGACUAAGAUUAAUUGGUCCUAAAAACAUUGUCAUGUUGGUAUGUUGAUAAACCCGGUUUAAUAUAAAAAUAAAUGUUUUUUUAAAAUUCA